UCCCUAUUUUCUAUUUUUCUUAUCUAAAUAAAAAUUAAAAGCAUGUAAAUGUAACACUAGAGCUCUGAUUCAUCAAAUCUCUGAUCUGACCUGCCGACUUUCCUCAAACUACACAUGGCGGAAGAGAAAGAGUCAACGUCGAUUCCGCUGAGCCAAGCCGAAAAUGGUGGCGUCGAUCCCGAAGAUCCGGCUAAGUCUCCUCCUAGCUCCCCCAAUUCCUCCACUCGCAAGGCUUGUUGUUUUGUUCUCCAAAGUUGGGUCUCAAAGAAGUUCAUGACUGGAUGUGUGGUCCUUUUUCCUGUGGCAGUGACAUUCUUCAUUACUUGGUGGUUUAUUCAGUUUGUUGAUGGUUUCUUCAGUCCACUAUAUGAACGACUUGGCAUUGACAUAUUUGGACUGGGAUUUAUCACAUCUCUGCUCUUUGUCUUCUUUGUCGGAGUUUUUGUUUCAUCAUGGAUGGGAGCUGCUGUUUUUUCAGUGGGGGAAUGGGUUAUAAAGCGAAUGCCCUUUGUUAGGCAUUUGUAUUCUGCCUCGAAACAAAUUAGUGCUGCCAUAUCCCCAGAUCAAAAUACUACAGCAUUUAAGGAGGUCGCUAUCAUUCGUCACCCACGUGUUGGUGAAUAUGCAUUUGGCUUUAUCACAUCAACUGUCACCCUUCAGAGAGAAACUGAAGAUGAAGAGCUAUGCAGUGUAUUUGUCCCAACAAAUCAUCUAUACAUUGGUGAUAUCUUCCUGGUGAACUCCAAAGACAUCAUAAGGCCCAAUCUUUCGAUCCGAGAAGGCAUAGAGAUAAUUGUUUCUGGAGGUAUGACGAUGCCACAAGUGAUAUCUCCGCAAGAAAGGUUUGCACGGCAGAAGGAAAGAAUCCCUUUAAACAGGAUGAUGUAACAAAAAAUACAUAGAGAGAAGAGGAAUGUCAGAUAAGCUCCAUAAUUUACUUUCAUUCCCUUAAAGUUGGAGUGUAUGAUAAUAUUUUUGGUUAUAAAAUCCUAGGAUAAGGAUGCUUUAUUAUACCUGCGCUUUCCGACAAUUUACAUAAAUAAAAGCAGUA